AUCAAUGGAGGGUUUUGCAAAGGUUUAACACUGUCAACCAAAAAACACAGCACAAAGCGAUUUGAUUCACCAUCAACAGAAAACAUGAGAAAGGUCUCGAAUUCAAUCGCGUUCUUCUCUCUUCUCACUCGUCGCAGAUCAACUUCCUUCUCUUCUUCUCUCGUUCCCAAAACACGCACUUCAAAUUCACUCUUUAACAGCAACCAAUGCACGAAAUCCCACCAAUUUCUCGCCGGAAAAAACGAUUUUGUCGCCAUCCCAUUUCGAAACACGAGCACUCUCGUCGAGAGGACCUCUCAGGUGCCCUCAAGGCAGCGAAAAAGCAUGGAAAAAUCGAACCUUGAAGAGGCUUUUGAGUCAGCAGAGACCUCAUCGGAAAUGGUGAAAAUUUUCAACCAAAUGGAACGUGUUUUUGAAGAGAGAGAGCUUGGUUUGGCUUCUUUGAAGAUUGGUCUAAAACUUGAACAAGAAGGUGAGGACCCUGAAAAAGCUCUUUCUUUUGCUCAUAGGGCAUUAAAGGCUUUGGAUAGUGAUGAUAGUGAUAACAAACCUAAAUUGACUGUUGCAAUGGCAUUGCAGUUGUUGGGGUCUGUUAAUUUUGGAUUGAAAAGGUUUGCUGAUAGUUUAGGGUACCUUAACAGGGCUAAUAGGGUUUUGGGUAGGUUGCAAGUUGAGGGUUUUGCUAGUGUUGACGAUGUUAGGGAAUGCCAUGGGGAGGAGGGAGGAGGCACUUGAGAAUCUUAGGAAGUGUUUGGAGAUUAAGGAGGAUACUUUUGAGGAAGAUGCAGUGGAAUUGGGGAAGGCGAAUCGCGAAAUGGCGGAGGCUUAUGUUGCGGUUUUGAACUUCAAGGAGGCACUGCAGUAUUGUACGAAGGCGCUGGAGAUACAUGAGAAGCACUUGGGGAGGAAUUCGGUUGAGGUUGCACGCGAUAGGAAGCUUCUUGGGAUUAUUUAUAGUGGGUUGGAUGAGCACGAGAAGGCGCUGGAGCAGAAUGUCUGGGCGCAGAGGGUUUUGAAGAAUUGGAACCUUAAUGAUGAUUUGUUGCGCGCUGAGAUUGAUGCUGCGAAUAUGAUGAUUGCUUUGGGGAGGUAUGAUGAGGCCGUCGGUGCCUUGACGAAUGUUGUGCAGCAGACGGACAAGGACAGUGAGACCAGAGCACUUGUGCUCUUGUCGAUGGCAAAGGCGUUAUGCAAUCAGGAGAAGUUCACAGACUGCAAGAAAUGUUUGGAGAUUUGUCUUGGGAUUCUUGACAAAAGAGAAAGGAUAUCUCCUGUGGAAGUUGCUGAGGCAUACUCGGAGAUAUCAAUGCUGUAUGAAACCAUGAACCAGUUUGAAACAGCGAUUUCCUUGCUGAAGAGGGCACUUGCUUUGCUCGAGAAGCUCCCACAAGAGCAGCACUCUGAGGGAAGUAUCUCCGCCAGAAUAGGGUGGUUACUCUUGCUGACUGGUAAGGUGGAGCAGGCUAUUCCUUGUUUGGAAAGUGCUGCUGAAAGAUUGAAAGACAGCUUUGGUCCAAAGCAUUUUGGAGUCGGUUAUAUUUACAACAAUUUGGGAGCAGCAUAUUUAGAGUUGGAUAGACCCCAGUCUGCUGCACAGAUGUUUGCAGUUGCGAAGGACAUCAUGGAUGUAGCCCUUGGUCCGCACCAUGUAGAUGCAAUUGAAGCAUGCCAGAACCUCUCAAAGGCUUAUGGUGAGAUGGGAAGCUAUGGCAUUGCAAUCGAAUUUCAACAGCAAGUUAUUGAUGCGUGGGAAAACCACGGAGCAAGUGCAGAAGAAGAACUUCGGGAAGCCCACCGGCUUCUUGAGCAACUAAAGAGAAAAGCGCGAGGCGCAUCUGUCACCGAGUCUCCUACGAAGGCUUUGCCCUUACCUCAUUCUCCGGCUGCUUCCAGGAGCUCCCAAUCUGGAAUGCCAUUACAUCGAUCCGGGAAAGCAUAGCAGACUUCAUGUUUUUACAUUGCCACUGCAUAUGCCAAGGAGUUUCUAUAGGAUUGGUAUUUAGAAACUCAUUGCUGGUUUUGAAGUUUUCUUACAGGUUUUAUAGGUAAUUACUGUAACUUAGCUGUAGUCAUAUCUUGAUCAUUUUAUUCAGAAUUCUUUUUUAUUUUUUUCCUUCAAAUAAUAUAAUAACAAUACUACUUCCGUUAUUUGUUUGUGUCCCUUAUUAUUUGCUAGCAAGCACCAAUAUAUCUUUGUGCUUUCUUCAUAA